AUGACGAUACGAAUUCAAAUUAGUCUUACGAUUUAUUUUACAUUAGUAUCAAUAAUAGGAACACUUGGUAAUGGUGUUAUUUUAUUAGCAUAUGGAAAUCGUUGGAAUUCAUCAAGAUCAACAUCAGUCAUAUUCAUACUGAUUCUUGCAUGUGUAGAUUUAUGGACAUGUUUAAUUGUAGUACCAACUAUUGCCAUAAUGGAAUAUCGUGAUUUUGAUGUACCAACACCAAUAUGUCGUUUUUAUUCUUUUUCAAAAAAUCUUAUUAUUAUAUCAUCAUUUAUUAUGUCAUUUAUUGCUCUUGAUCGAUUUUUAACUAUUGCUAUACCACAUCAUCGAUUACUUAAUCCACGACGAGUUAAAGCUUUACUAACAUUAUUUAUCUCAAUUGGCAUUGGACUUGGCACAAUAACAGCAUUAGCAUUUUCAACUCAAUCAAAUAAAGAAUAUUACUCGAUUAAUUAUGAUUGUAUUUUAGCAAAUGGUACAUAUAUAAUAAAUAAUUAUAAAGAAGCUUCUUUAGAGGCUGAUCGAAAUUCCUCAUUAUCAUCAGAUAUAAUUGAGUCAAUUAGUGAACAACUCCCUGAUGGUGCUAAUUUAACAAAUUAUACUUUCGAAUAUAAAUCAACAUCUCUACGAUGUUUUGCUGAUACAUCAAUUAUAUCUGAAAGUUUACGAGAUUUAUUAAAAAAUUUAUCAAAUAAAGUAUUUUUUACAUUAAUUGGCAUAGUUACAAUUUUUUAUUCAAUUACAUUUGUACUUGCUUUACAACGACAAAAUCCACGUAUACGUGCAUUAAAAAAAAGUUUAAAUAUUUUAAAUAAAUUUGAUUCAUAUUCAACAACUAAAUUGAAUCAACGAGGAACUGAUUCUAUUGUUUCAAUUCAAUCUCCAUUAUCUUCAUCAGGAACACCAACAACAACAACAAGAACAACAACAACAACAACAACAUCAUUAUCACCAAAACAAACAUCAAUUAUACUAAGUGAAUUGAAUUAUUCGAAUGAUAAUUUAUUAUCAAAACAAACAUCAAUUAAAUCUUGUAAUAUUAUUGAUGACAAACAAUAUGAAAUGUCAAAUAUUAUGAAUAAUGAUGAUAGUGAUGAUGCAAAUAAUUCAUCACCACUUAUGUUAAGAAAAACAAUAAAAUAUAAAAAGAAAACACAACAAGAUCAUCAUACUAGUAUAUCAGAUGGUACAUCAGAUGAUUUACAACCAUCAAUAGAAAAACUACAUAGUACUAAACAAGUAUCAUUUCAAAUUGAUAAUCAUCGUAAUACAUUAACUAAUGAACUAAAUCAACGUUCAUCAAUAUCAUCGAAUAUUUUUAAUAGUGAUUUAGAUGUUAAUAAUGAUAUGUAUUAUAAAUUACCAUGUCCAUGUUCAACAACACGUCAAUUUUUAAUUAAAUUUCAUUUUGCACGACCAUCAUCACAAUUAAAUCAAUGGUUAUGUUGUUGUUGUUGUAGAAAAAAUCAAUCAUCAUUAAAACAUCAUUUAUCAAUUGAAAGUCAAAAUCAAGAUGAAACAACAAAAGUAUUAACACCACCUAUACAAAAUACUCGUACAACACCAUCACAAAGUGAAACAUUACGAAAACAAUUACAUCGACAUCGUUUAAGACAAAUACGUAUGGCAUCAACAUUUUUAAUUAUAACAGUAUCAUUUGUUCUUUUUUAUUUACCAUCAAUUUUAAAUGCUGAACGAAUUAUAAAAAGUCCUAUUAUGAUUUAUUAUUUAUAUUUAUGUACACAUGCAUUAAAUCCAAUUAUCUAUUGUUUUAUGAAUCCAAAUUUACGUGCAUAUGUUAGUUCAAUGUUUAAUUGUCGUACACGACAAAAAGAACAAAAUAUUGGUAAAGGAGGAAGAACAUCGAUAUUUGACCGAUAA